AACAAAACCCACUGGCCAUUUCCCAAUCUACGUUUUGUCAACGAACGAAAGUACGAUUUCUUCGAAGACAUUUGCAAUGUCUACUUUUUGGUCCAGCUUGAGGAGAUCGAUGAAGAAGAAAGAGAAAUAUUUAAUAUUUACCUGUAAUUUAUUAUUACUUAGUCAGAAAUUUGAUGUAGCUGAGAGCAAACCAAUUCAGAACCGGAACAAUCCCAAAAUAAUUUUCUUCCACUUUUCGAUUCUUUGUUUGUAAAUUUUGGAACGCUUUUUGAUCCAGAAAACGAGCAAAGAAAGCAAGUAGAAUAAUCAAAUGUCAAAAGCCUCGUCCAGAGUCAUUCGAGGUCUUCUCUCACUCCAUUUCAGUCAUACCCCAAAACCCUCUUCAAUCUCUGGUUCACUCUCCAGAACCCAUCACUCCUCUUCUUCUUCUCCUUCAACUGGGUUUCGAUCACUACCCACUUCCUCCAAUGGUGUCUUGCCCAGAUAUCCCUCCUCUCCCAGCUACAAUCCUCACGCAUUUUCGUCCGGCAGUCUGGGUUUUUCUAAACUAGGUGGGAGCUCUCAUGGGUUUGGUCCUAUUGGCCCCCGAUUCUUCUCUUUGGGGUCUUCGGGUUUUGGCAAAGCAAAUGGGAAUUUCGCUAAGAAGGUCUUCGAUAAGCCCGUCUCGGCGCUUACUUCAACCUUCACUCGGUACCGAGAGGCCAUUGGGUUGCAGAUUGAGGCUUUCUGCAGGAGGAACUAUCUCUUCCUUUUGGGUGCCGGAGGAUUGUUGCUGUGUGCUCUACUAUGGAAGGUCUUGUUUGCGAUUGCCGAUUCUGUUGUUGGGAUUUCCGAAGGCUUGGCUAAGUAUGGGUUUCUAGCUCUCUCAUCUGCCAUUGUCGCUUUUACUGGCCUCUAUCUUCGCUCUAGAUUCACAAUCAAUCCUGAUAAAGUUUAUAGAAUGGCCAUGAGGAAGCUUAAUACUUCUGCUAGCAUUCUUGAGGUCAUGGGUGCCCCUCUAUCAGGGUCAGAGAUAAGAGCCUAUGUGAUGUCUGGAGGAGGGCCUACCCUGAAGAACUUCAAGCCAGCUAUUAGGAGCAAGAGGUGUUUUCUUAUCUUUCCAAUACGAGGUGCUGAGAGAAAGGGUCUGGUCAGUGUUGAAGCCAAGAAGAAAAAGGGCCAGUAUAAUAUGAAGCUCCUCGCAGUUGACAUUCCCAUGACAUCAGGACCUGACCAGCGAUUAUUUCUGAUUGGAGAUGAAUUAGAGUACAAGGUUGGUGGUGGACUAAUAUCUGAGCUGAGAGAUCCUAUAGUGAAAGCAAUGGCAGCAACCAAGGAAUUUGAUGAACUUGACGAGAUUGAAGAAGAGGAGGAUGCUGAAAGAGAACUUAAGGAGGCAGAGAGAAAGAACCGUGAAGAAAUUGAGAAACUUGAGAAAGAUGAAUCUCGGUGAUUGUUAUCCUAGAUCUUGUCCCAACCCCUUCCAAUUUUUUUUCCUUGUUUUGUUUGUUACAGGAGUUUGCAAAACAAUGAAUGCUCAAGGCUUUGACCAUCUUUGAUAAAAUGAAAUUGGUGUAAAUCAGCUUGUAUCUAUAUCAGAGUCAAGGUUUUUGUGGCGUUCUUUGCCUUGUACUGCAAGCAGCCAUCUUUGGGAAUUUCAAAGUUGAGAAAACCCUUUUUGGGGAAAUAAAGCUACAGUUAGAAGUAACUUGCACAUCAUGCGGUUUCGUUGAUGUGAUUUCUAACAUUUGAAA